AUGAAAUUCCUCAUAUUUUUCGGACUCUUAGCCGCUGUAGCUACAGCUGAGAAUGUCAGAAGCGACCCUCGCAUUUUUAACAUUAUUGGAAGCAUUCUAAAUCUCCUGAACCAAAAACCCGCUGAAAGGCCCACUGUAGUCGAUGGCCCCAUUGUAGUCGACGGCCCUCUUCAGCCUAUCAUUAUUGGACCCGCAAUCGUAAACCCAGAAUAUGAACCUAUCUCCGUCGGACCCGCUAUCGUAAACCCAGAAUAUGAACCUAUCUCCGUUGGACCUGCUAUCGUAGAAUAUGAACCUAUCUCCGUUGGACCCGCUAUCGUAGACCAAGAAUAUGAAUCUAUCUCGGUUGGACCUGCCAUUGUAGAGCCAGAAAUUGAAGAUAUUGCUGUUGGACCCGUUAUCGUCGAUGAAAUUGCUCCCGGUCCCGUUGUCCCCACUCCUGUCCCCUCUCCCGUGUACCCCUUCCCCAUUACUUCUCCUCUUGUACAAGUAAUCGUUAACGUAGAGUCCAACGGCGCUGGUAACCCCGUGUCUGUUGAGGGUGUCGAACCCAGCCCCGUCAUCGUUGCUCCUUCUCCCGUACCUGAGCCUGAGCCAGUGAUCGUCGUUGACCAGCCUACAGUUCCUGAGCCCGUUAUUGUGGCUCCCAUUCCUGAGCCCGCGAUUCUCCUGCCUGGUAUCCUCAACUAA